AUGGACCAUACUAAACCCCGAUCAAAACUCUAUCGUACUCCCAAAAAGCUGAAGAAGGUUGAUUCGAAAGAAACAUCAACGAAUCUCGAACUAAAAUCUAGGUACGAACGCCUCCAAAAAGAAAACUCGAAAUUAGAUAAAGAAAUCGAAGGUUUGGAGAAAGAUGGCGUCACAGAGGAUAUGCAUCUCCAGAUGGAGGCGUUGCACGAUUACAAUGAAAUGAAGGACGUUACUCAGGUGGUUCUGGGGUAUUUAGCAGAUGUGGAGCACGUCACUUUGAAGGAGUUACACCAGAGAUACAAUUUGCCCAUAGAAUAG